GUUUCUGCUGAGCAGCCGAGCAGCCCUGCGCUGGUCUCGCGCCCGUCUCCCCCCCUUCACCAUGACAACGACAGAUUUCUAGCAUCGUCAGAGGACACGCCGCUGGCUCCUGAUUUAGAGACGGAUAUUAUGUAAAAUACCGUAUGUUAUAGGUGUAUUACGGAUAUUUAUUUCAUGUAGGACGGUAACAUCUGCCGUGUGGACCCGCAUGAGUCGGACACCAUCCGGAGGCAGCGAAGGAAGACGCCGUAACUGCGUGAACACCAACAUGGCUCUCCUUCAGCAUCCCCGGCUGCUGCUCGCCUAUGUUGUGCUGUUGACCGCAGCCCAACGUACCCACACUCGCUCUUUGCCAAUAUCGGAUCUAAAAUCCAAGAUAUCAGGGGUGGAGGAGCUGUUGGAGGAAUUCCACAAGCAGCUCCAGCAGGACCAGACGUACAGGGCGGGCGAUGCGGUUGACUCCUGUGUGGGCGACUUCAACGCCGUCGGGGAGCGCAUCAUCCGGGCCAAGGCCUCCAUCGAGCAAGGGGCCACCUUCCUGCUGGCCCCGGACAGGGUGUACACCUGGAAGGACUGCCUGCACGCCUGCUGCUCCCAGCCUCACUGCACCGUGGCGGUGGUGCAGCAGGACCUGAGGCAGCCCGGGGACAGUCUCAGCUGCUACCUGUUCAACUGCACCUACAGGAGUAAAAAUGUCUGCUCCUUCGCUCCGCAGCAAGGCUUCACCACAUACAGCAUACAUGGUGCCAACACGACGCAGGGACACCUCCCUGUUUCACCCAGCGGCUCAGCCAGGAGGCCCGGGGAGGGACAUGCUGAGGAGGAGGACACACAAGACGUGGAUGAGCCUCCUCGCAGUGACGCUGGACAGGAUGUGGUGAUCCAGCUGCCCACAGACUGGGCUGUCCUGGAUGGACGGGAUAGUGUGGAUGACCAUGGGAUCAGCCACUAUGAGUGGACUCUGGUCAAAGGAGACACAGCCAUCAAUAUGAAGGCGACUCAUCCAGGGCUGCUGAAGAUCAGUGGUCUCCAGGAGGGAGUCUACUCCUUCCAGAUGACCGUCACAGACACAGCGGGCCAGAAGAGCUCUGACAACGUCUCUGUCACUGUGCUGGCACCGAAACACCAAGCAGAAGUGUGUACAGGUGUCUGCUCAAAGUACCAGUUCAAGUGUGAUGACGGUUGCUGUAUUGACAUCACCUACGCCUGUGAUGGGAAGCAACACUGUUCUGACCGCUCUGAUGAAGACUUCUGCCAAAUCUUUGACAGCAGCAGGAAGUCAGUGACUCACAGCGCUGAUCUGUCAAACUCUCAUCGGCCUGUAGCCCAGACAGAGGAGGCAGAGGAUGGCACCAUGAUCCACACUGUGCCCAGAAAGACCGUUCAGAACAUCGUACCACCUCAGGACAGGAGCAAGGCGGCUUCUCCACAAAGUCCCAGUCAGCAGGAGGCUUCAGUCAGUCAAGAUCCAUGUGCUGCAGCUCCAGUUGUUGGACCCUGUAAAGGCACCUUCCCACGCUGGUACUACGACCAAAAUGCUGGAGAAUGCAAACACUUCCUGUAUGGCGGUUGCCAGGGCAACCAUAACAACUUCCUCCAGGAAUCUGACUGUGUCAGUGAAUGUAUACAAAAAGGUCCAGCUUUCAAACCAGCAACUGUGGCUCCUCCCAUCACCAAACAGACUGAGAUAGCUGCCCCUAAAGUCUCCCAGAGCCAAGCAGAGAGCAACGCCCCCGUCUCCAAACCAUUUCCUGUAAGAGGAGGGCAUCCAGGACCGGAGUCAGGUGCGAUCCUUCCUCUUGCUCUCGGCAUAAUCAUCACCGCUCUGCUGCUGCUCAUGAUUGGCUGUCGUCUCAGACUGGUUCGACACAAGCUGAAGAAAGCUCGUCCCCUCACCACAGAAGAGUCAGAUUACCUCAUCAACGGCAUGUACCUGUAGCCAAUCAGCCAGGGUGGGGCGGCAAAUUCAAGAGCGCUGAGAUCUGAGAAAGAGCAACACGGGUGUUGACGCCAGAGCCUGAGCCAGGACUUUUUGAAUUUGCACUCUUGAUUUGUCCUGACUUCAAGGUGAAAACAUCCCAUCUCUCUGCUGUCAUUGACAUUUCUGAACAUGCCCAUACUGAACCCCUCUGACUGGUGAAUCCACUGCUGAAGGAUGCUGCCUUCAAAGCCACUGACACUCAUAUUCAGAUGCUUGUGAAUUCAGAUUUAUGUUGUUUUAAGAUUAUCUGUUUGUGAAUCCACGACGGAGGAGUUGACAUUCCUGGUUCGAUACUGAUAAACAGCUGUAUACAUUCCCCCCACAUGACUUCUGGGAUACAUACAUACACACAAAAGAGACUCUUUUGUCCUCUAAUUAAUAUUAUUCCUUAAACACAGGUUACUUUGAUAUCAUUUAAGUUUUGCCAGUGAUGUAUUUUCCCAACUGCUGUACAAAACAUGUUGUAUUUCUGCCACUAGGUGGCAUGUUUGUGCUUUACAUUUCACUUAAAUAAAGGGCAGAAAUGUAACACAUCAGUGCGCCUGUCAUGGUGCACUUUUACGACUGAUUAGGAAUCAAUGACAAAUUACCAGUAUUCAUAGUUCCUCAGAAGCAUAUAAAGCCAUAGCGAAAUCUAUUGCCCCAAACCUAUUACUGUCUAAAUUUUGUUGCAUAUAUUUCCUUAUGAAGCAAACUUAUGUGGAGUAUCUAUUAUAUUUGCGCAUAUGUAUUCCCUUAAAGUGCUGUCUUUCAUGUGAGAUAUUAAAGUUUAUUAUAUAUCAAAA